AUGUCUGAAAACCGAGACACUGUCAUCCAGCUCCUCGAUCGUCUCAAGCAGGAGAAGCACCCUGGCGCCCAGACCCUGAAGGACUACAUCAACGAGACCUCCAACCUCAAGGACGUCAUGAUGGCGGUUGUUAAGGACAUCGUAGCCGCGAAGAAUGUUCUCGGUCUCACCGGUGACCGUGCCGCCGGACUCAACGCUUGCCGUGAGGAGCUCUGCUGCGCCUUCGACAAACAUUGCCGCACCACUAAGGAUGGCUACGAUCGCCUCUACCACCCUCGAUUCACCUGCCGCAUUCAGACCUUCGAGGUUCUUGCUGCAGAGGAUCAGGUCGAGGUCGUUCUCCGAAUCCCGCUUCGCGAGUACAACGACUCCCCCCACGUCCUCAAGCCUGGCAAGUGCGAGGUCUCCCUCAUCGUGAAGGAGAACUAG